UCGGAAGUUUUUUUGGUCUGUUGUUUCAGACAGGUGUUUUGAGAGUAGAAGGGGUAAACAAUAGCUAUUUCUAGAGCUAGCGAGCCAACGGCUGAUCAUUUAAAGCCACUGACCAGCCGAAUGUUUGUUUGUACGUCAAACAUAAAGGAGAUAUGUAAUACCUAUGGUUCAUAAUUUUGCUACUGCUGCUUCUACGUUGAUUUGUCAUUUCUUCCGGAUCAAAGGUUACAAGGAUUUCCGUGGCUUUUGCUUGGAUCAUUUGACUGGCUUGUCUACUGUGUUCCAGGCCAUGGACAUAGUUUUAACUGGGUGAAAUAAUAGUUUUGUUUUACAGUAGUAACGGUUUACAAAACUGACAACGAAGACAAUCUAAGGUUGUAACUGUUGCCAGACCUGGUUGAGGCUCGUUGGCCGGUUGAUGCAUAGAGUAAAGAGGGUGAAACUUGACGAAGAAGAAGACGAAACAGAAGGUCGUUGGAAAAGCUUUGCAGCGGUCAGGAUGAGCGGGGCGGACGAGCUGUCAGACAGUACGGAGGUGGUGGAGAUGGAGGACGUGCCUUCCCAGUUCGUGGUGGAGAAGCACAGCUGGAACGGCCUGCGAGAGAUCAUCCACAACAGCCGCAAGUACUCGGGCGUCAUCAUCAACAAGGCUCCGCACGACUUCCAGUUCGUGCUGCGGAACGAUGAGUCGGUACCCCACUCGCACCGCAUGUACUACCUCGGUAUGCCCUAUGGAAGCAGGGAAAACUCGUUACUAUACUCAGAAAUUCCAAAGCAGAUUAGAAAAAAUGCUCUGCUGGUGCUGUCUUGGAAGCAGAUGCUUGAUCACUUUCAGGCCACUCCGCACCAGGGCGUGUACUCUCGUGAGGAGGAGCUGCUGCGCGAGAGGAAGAGGCUGGGGGUGUUCGGCAUCACCUCCUACGACUACCACCCCAAGAGCGGCCUCUUCCUCUUCCAGGCCAACAACAGCCUCUUCUACUGCAGAGACGGCGGACACAACGGCUUCAUUGGUUCCCCAAUGAAACCGGCAGAGAUCAAGACUCAGUGCUCAGGGACCCGCAUGGACCCCAAGAUCUGCCCCGGGGAGCCCACCUUCAUUGCCUUCAUUAGCAACAGUGACGUCUGGGUGGCCAACAUCGAGAGCGGAGAGGAGCAGAGGCUCACCUUCUGCCACAAAGGGCUGAAUAAUGUUAAAGAGGACCCAAAGUCUGCUGGCGUGGCCACAUUUGUGAUCCAGGAGGAGUUUGACCGGUUCACAGGUUACUGGUGGUCUCCCUUGGCCGCAGAAGAUGCAGAUGGAGGGAAGACUCUUCAGCUCCUGUAUGAGGAGGUGGAUGAGUCUGAUGUGGAGGUCAUCCACGUCCCCUCCCCCGCCCUCGAGGAGCGCAAGGCUGAUGUUUACAGAUACCCACGCACAGGCAGCAAGAACCCUGUCAUCACCCUCAAGAUAGCUGAAAUCAGAGUAGAUCAUCUAGGCCGAAUUGUGAGCACCCAUGAGAAGGAGUUGAUCCAACCCUUCAAUGUGCUCUUCCCUGGUGUCGAGUACAUCGCCCGUGCCGGCUGGACCAAAGACGGACGAUAUGCGUGGGCCGUGUUCCUGGACCGUAGUCAGCAGCACCUGCAGAUGGUGCUGUUGCCCCCUAAGCUCUUCAUCUACACCAGUGAUAAGCCGUGGCAGUGGCAGGAGCGGGCAGAGGAGGUGCCCGAGGGGGUGCACCCCUACAUCGUCUACGAGGAGACCACCGACAUCUGGAUCAAUGUCCAUGAUAUCUUUUACCCUUUCGUGCAAACGAAUGAUGACGAGUUUACGUUCCUGUGGGUGAAUGAAUCCAAGACGGGCUUCUGCCACCUCUACAAGAUCACCAGCCAACUGCAGCACGGCUCCUACAAGUGGGCAGACUACACGCACUCGGACGAUGACUUCAAGUGCACAGUGAAGGAGGAGGUGGCUCUGACCAGUGGAGAGUGGGAGGUUCUGGCUCGACAUGGCUCAAAGAUUUGGGUGGAUGAGGGGAAUAAGCUGGUGUAUUUCCAGGGCACCAUGGAUACGCCCCUGGAGCACCACCUGUACGUGGUGAGCUACGACUCCCCAGGGGAGAUCGUCAGACUCACCAAGCCUGGCUUCUCACAUAGCUGCUCCGUCAGUCUGACCUUUGACAUGUUCGUGAGCCACUACAGUAACGUGAGCACGCCUCCAUGUGUGCACGUGUACAAGCUGAAUGGCCCGGAGAACGACCCCAUACACAAGGAGCCAGAGUUCUGGGCCAGCAUGAUGGAGGCCUCCAGUUGCCCAGCAGAUUAUGUUGCGCCAGAGAUUUUUAACUUCCCUGCCAAGUCAGGCUUUGACCUGUACGGAAUGCUGUACAAGCCACACAACCUGGUUCCCGGCAGGAAGCACCCCACCAUCCUGUUCGUCUAUGGAGGACCUCAGGUGCAGUUAGUAAAUAACUCGUAUAAAGGUGUGAAGUACCUGCGUCUGAACACCCUGGCGUCUCUAGGCUAUGCGGUGGUGGUCAUCGACGGCCGGGGGUCGUGUCAACGGGGCCUCAAGUUCGAGGGUGCGCUCAAGAACAAGAUGGGCCAAGUGGAGAUAGAGGACCAGGUGGAGGGUCUGGAGUAUGUGGCGGAGAAGUACAAGUUCAUAGAUAUGAGCCGCGUGGCCAUCCACGGCUGGUCUUACGGAGGAUUCCUAUCACUCAUGGGACUCAUACACAGACCCAACGUCUUCAAGGUGGCGAUAGCGGGCGCUCCGGUGACUGUGUGGAUGGCGUAUGACACGGGCUACACGGAGCGCUACAUGGACGUACCAGAGAACAAUCAGCAGGGCUACGAGGCCGGCUCCGUCGCCCUGCACGUCGACAAACUGCCUAACGAGCCAAACCGGUUGCUCAUCCUUCAUGGGUUCCUUGAUGAGAAUGUGCACUUUUUCCACACCAAUUUCCUGGUGUCCCAACUCAUCCGUGCCGGAAAGCCAUAUCAGCUUCAGAUCUACCCUAACGAGAGGCACAGUAUCCGCUGUCCUGAGUCGGGGGAGCACUAUGAGAUCAUGCUGCUCCACUUCCUGCAGCAGCAUCUCUGAUGACCUCCACCCCACCCAUCCACCUGCCCACCGCCGACGCCGCUGGUUCCGCCGUGACCUGCCGGGUCUGGGCUGGACUAGACCGGACUGGCUCAGGCCCUACUGGUCUCUGCUGGUCUUUUAUUGGUCUCCUCUUGGUGCCGACCGCCAGUUACGGACCCUGCUCUUCUCUGCUCUGCUCUGCUCUGCUCCCCUCUGCUCUGCUGGUUUUGGGACAGAACCUUUCUGACUCCCCGUGUCCCAUCCCUGCCCUCCCCUCCCCCUGGUCCCUGCUUCCCUUUCCAAGCUCCCAUCUUCACUUCACUUCACACACACACACACACACACACACACACACACACACACACACACACACACACACACACACACACACACACAGACUCACACACACACCCUGCCUGAAUCAUCUCAGAGCUCCAAACUAGCUUAAAAGUCCCACCUUUGCUGCCCUUAUCCCGCUCCUUCUUCCCCCAAUAUGUCUUAUUUACUCCUCUGGCUUCGCAAAAAAGAACUCUGACCUCCCUCCAUCCACCAAGUGACAAACCAGCGUCAUAUCCACCCUUCGAUUCACAGCCACAAUCUCUGACUCGCUCCUACCAAAUCAACCGCCAACCCUACACCCCCCAUAUCCACCCCUAUUGCCUAUAUUUGGCCUUGGGAACACCUCUCUGAAGGAGAGGAGCGGAGGGCAGAGAUGGGAGGUGGGCGUGGGGCGGUGUGAGGCAAGAGGUCUGAUACAAGUCGACACAUAAGGUUGAAAUAGCAGCAUACCGCUUUAUCUGUUAUCUGUUUAUCAGCGGCUGCGAUGGCCUUUUGACAUCCUACCCAGUCCCAUCCCCAUCCCCAUCCUCAAAGUAUGGCUGUACCAUGUUCCCCUCCCCCACUCCCAAAGGUGCCCCCCUCUCCAUCCCUAAGGGUGCCUUUUUGCUCCCAUCCUUGUUUCUGUGCCCCAUCCUCAAUGAUGCCCCCGCCCUGCCCCAUAUCAUCUCCAACAGAUGGUUCCCUGUUCCUCUUUGACCCCCACCCCACCCCACCCUCCAGAGGGAUGCUGGCUGCAGUGUCACCCAUGAGGACAGCUUGAAGGUGCCUGGUAGGGAAGGAAGACGAUGACAUGGAGAAACGUGACAAGAAGAAAUAAACUUUUUAAAAGAAGACAAAGAAGAAGAAAAAAAAGAAUUAAUGGACGUGUGCACACAAGUGGAGCAGGAGCCCGUUUAGCUUUCUAGCCUCUCUCGACAUAUUGCAUUUGAAUCUUUUUUCUUUUUUUGGGGGGGUUUUGUCGUGCCACAUCUAGUCUGUUUUUCUCUGUUGUCUGUCCUUCUCUCCUCUCUUCUCUUCUGUGGGGACGCAGAUGAAUUUGCCAAACAUGAUUUUGAAUUUGUUUUGUUUUCUUUGAUGUUUUCCCUCAGUGGCUUACAGCAGCACACAGUCGAACACGAGACGACAAAACGUCUCCACGUAUCCCAUGUACACACACAAUAUCAUACACACCCACAUGUCAUGUGCACACAUGGACUCACGCACACACCCAUUGCUCACACAAUGCACUCUCUCCCUCUCUGUCUGACACAAACACACACACACACAUGAAAAAACACACACAGUUGCUUUUAUCUCCCAGAGAUUGGCCGUGUAGUCAUACUCGUCCACCAUUGGCUGGCCGUGAAGCCAUACUUGUCCACCAUUGGCUGGCCGUGAUGCCAUGCUCGUCCAUCAUUGGCUGUAUGGCAGGUCAUGUGGAGUUCAGCUUUCGUGCAACCAGGAUGGACAUGGAGUCCUUUUAUCUAUGUAUGUCUUUCUCUUUCUCUCUUUUUCUCUCUCUUUCCCUCUCUCUCUCUCAGCCAAUCUCUUUGGCACUUGCUCGAAGACACCCCCUUUUCCUUCCACUACUACCUGCAAUCCGUAUUUUAAGUGUGUAUUAUUAAAAAGAAAAUAUUUUUAUGAAUUCUUAUUCUUUUAUAAUGAGUAAAAUGUAGCGACUCAUUAAAGGACUGCAAACUCUUGCUGACGAA